AUGGCUAUCCAGGUUCAAACCCAGGUGGAGGAGCACUAUCCCACCCGCCACGCCCUCUCAUGCGUGCUCAUGCGCGCAGGCACAUCAAAGGGUCUCUUCAUCCACCGCAAAGACCUUCCCCAGAAGGAAUCUGAGUGGGCUCCACACCUGAUCUCAGCUCUCGGAUCACGAAACAACGACGCGAAGCAGGUCGACGGUGUUGGCGGUGGUUCAUCAACAACUUCAAAGGUUGCUGUGAUUGCGCCUUCGGACCGCGAGGAUGCUGAUGUCGACUUUACCUUUGUUCAAGUCGCCGUUGGCAAAGAGUCCGUCGACUUUUCCGGCAACUGUGGAAACAUGAGCUCUGGUGUUGGUCCCUUUGCUGUCCAAGAGCGUCUUGUCACUCCCCAACAAGGACAAACAACGAUUGAUGUCAGAAUCUUCAACACAAACACCAGCAGAAUUAUUGUCGAGACUGUCGAGAUAGACCGAAACGGCGACUUCAAGGAGGAUGGCGACUUCUUCAUUCCCGGUGUUAAGACCUCCGGCAGUGAAAUCAAGUGUGCCUUUGUUGAUCCCGCCGGUAGCAUGGUCGGCUGCUUGUUCCCCACAGGCAACAAGCAAGACUGGCUCGAGGUUGAUCCCUCAGCUCAGUUGCCCAACGUUGCGCCAUUCAAGAUCCGUGCGACAUUGAUUGACGCCGCCAACCCCUUCGUCAUGGUCAGCGCCGCAUCUGUCGCCGAACAUCUCAAGUCAGAUGACGUCCCUGAGACAAAGCACGCUCUUGUUGAGGCCAUUCGUUGCCAAGCAGCCGUAGCAAUGGGACUCGCGACAAGCACCCAGGCCGCCGGUCUAACACGCGGUACUCCCAAGAUCGCUAUUCUGUCACCACCAAAGCGAUCCCCCGACAGCAAGACCCCCGAUAUCUUUGUCCUGUCUUACUCCAUGGGUCUGCCCCACCCCAGUUUCCAACUCACAGGCGCCGUCUGCCUUGGCUCAGCAGUCAGCAUCCAGGGCACCAUCGCCGCAGAGCUAUCAGCCAUGGUCGAGGGACCCCCUACACCUGAGCGAACACCAUCACCUGUGUCGCAAGAGGAUCAGCGGGAGACCAUGUCCAACAAGAGACAAGUGCUGAUUGAGCACGGCAAGGGAACGAUCCCUGUGCUUGUGGAGAAGAAGGGCGACGAUGAGAUUGCCAGUUGUGCCGUUUCACGAACAGCGAGAAGGCUUUUUGAAGGUCGCGUUAUUUACUAUUUGUAA